AUGCCUAUUACAUGCCGAACCCGAGAGUACAACUUUGUCAUCACCAACACCACCAUUGCCCCAGAUGGCGUCGAGCGACUUGCUUUGCUUGUCAACGGACAGAUGCCUGGGCCAAAGAUUGAGGCGAAUUGGGGAGACACGGUCAUCGUUCAUGUUACAAAUGCCAUGCAGAACAAUGGCACUUCAAUCCAUUUCCACGGCAUACGCCAAAAUUAUACCAACGAAAUGGACGGUGUUCCGUCGAUCACUCAGUGUGCUCUGGCGCCAGGUGAGAGCAUGACCUACACUUGGCGUGCGACCAAUUACGGAUCCUCAUGGUAUCACUCACAUUUCGCCAUCCAAACCUACGAGGGUGUCUUUGGCCCUAUGGUAAUUCAUGGCCCGGCUGCACUCGACUACGAUGACGAAGAAACCGUUCUCCUUCAGGAUUGGUCUCAUGUGACUGUCAAUUCGAUGUACCAAGCUGCUCAGACCGUGGGAAAUGGCCCAAGUGAUCCGAACCACGGCCCACGGACGCUCGACACCGGUCUGAUCAAUGGCUUGAACAUCUGGGAGGGUACUGGCGGCGCCGCCAACGCGACCGGCGAACGCUUCCGCAUGCAUGUGCGAUUCGGCAAGAAGUACCGUCUUCGUCUGGUGAAUACUGCUAUUCAAUCAACAUUCAAGUUCUACGUCGAUGGACACACGUUCAAGGUCAUCGCCUCCGACUUCGUUCCCAUCCAGCCCUACGAGACCAACAUCGUCAACAUCAAUAUCGGACAGCGAUACGACCUCAUCAUGACCGCCGACCAAAUUCCAGGUAACUACUGGAUGAGAGCAGACAACCAAGACUCAUGUGCCAAAAUCACCCACAGCACCAACAUCAAAGGCAUAGUUUCCUACUUCGGCGCUGCCGCCAAUGGACCCCUCGCCACCCCAACCAGCACAGGCUACACCUACACCAACGAAUGCAUCGACGAACCUCUCGCCAGCCUCGUCCCAAUCGUGCCCCUCACCGUCGGCCCCAAGACCCAAGAAAUCAACGAAACAGUAGCCAUAGCCGGCAACGGCGCGACCCCAAAUCUCUACAAAUGGACCCUCUCAGGCACAACGUUCCAAAGCCAAUGGGGCGACCCGACGCUUUCGGCAAUCUUGCGAAACGGGAGUGUGCCAGAGUAUUCUGGAAAUUUGGCCAUUACGGUCCCGAAGCUGAAGGAGUGGGUUUAUGUGCUGAUCGAUUCUCCCGUUCCGCUGCCUCAUCCGAUACAUCUUCACGGGCAUGAUGUUUUCGUGCUGGCUCAAGGGAAGGGGUUGUAUGAUAGCUCCGUGGUGCUCAAUACCGUUAAUCCUCCUCGUCGGGACGUCGUCAUGAUGCCGUGGGAUCCUGUCAAUAAUGCUGGAGGUUACGUUGUGCUCGCCUAUGAGUCGGAUAACCCAGGAGCGUGGUUAUUGCAUUGCCAUAUUGGUUGGCAUGUGGCGAUGGGUUUCGCAUUGCAGAUUAUUGAGGGUAUCUCUGAAAUUGGGGGUAUGAUUCAGAAUAAGAAGCAGAUGGAUGAUACUUGCUCUGGCUGGGCAACUUACGCUCAGGAUAACAACAUCCAUACCCAUGACUCUGGCGCGUAG